UCACGCAACCUUUAUGUUUUGCGUUCGAGGUCAUGACUGCAGCUAUAAGUGGUGUAACGCUAAAGUUCACAACUAGCCAACUGAAUACUGUAUGGUGCGUUAGUUUGUCUCGGGAGAGUUGGUUACUGCCGGUGUGUCGUGAUGUGAAAGUGUCAAACCAGCCCAGGAGGUCAAAUUUCGAGUUAUGAAGUGGAAUAACUGCAAUAUUAAGAACAUAUUCCAAUGUCUUGAUUGACGUCUACAACCACGCGUGUGUCCUGCCACCUUGUCGGAAGAAAAUGCGUCCAGCUGGUGCUCUCCCGUUUCUUCAGUGCCUGUCAACUUUGUCGCACGUGCGCACGGUCGCAGCCGUUAGGCGUUAUUUCCAAAUGUCCGGCUCAGCACCCACGUGCACCGUGUCUCAGAGGAAGAGCAUCUACGUGGAGGCCUUAAGCCACCACGUGGCCCAUUUGACGGAGAGAGAGAGAACACUUCUGGACAGGCUGUAUGGUGGACUCACUGGGGGACAUAGAGCAUCUCUUGCUGAGUCCAUAACUCUGGUGGAGACGCAGCACCCGCGGAAGAAGGAACUGGCCCAGGUGCUGCUGCAGAGAGUUCUGGCCUUUCGGCGGGAGCAGGAGAGACUGAACGGGGGGAAGCCGGUGGCCUUCAGAGUGGGUCUCUCUGGUCCUCCGGGUGCAGGUAAAUCCUCCUUCAUUGAGGUGCUUGGCAAAACACUGACGGGGAAAGAGCACAGGGUGUCUGUGUUGGCGGUGGACCCAUCCUCAUGCACUACAGGGGGUUCAUUGUUGGGGGAUAAGACACGGAUGCCGGAACUUUCCAGAGACAUGAAGGCCUUCGUUCGGCCGUCGCCCAGCUUGGGCACACUUGGUGGGGUGACCAGGACCACCAGUGAGGCCAUCGUCCUUUGUGAGGGGGCAGGCUAUGACAUCAUCAUGGUGGAGACCGUUGGUGUUGGACAGUCCGAGUUUGCUGUGGCUGACAUGGUAGAUGUUUUUGUGUUGCUAAUUCCACCAGCAGGAGGUGAUGAACUACAGGGAAUCAAAAGAGGCAUCAUCGAGAAGGCUGACCUGGUGCUGGUGACCAAGUCGGAUGGUGAUUUGGUGGUUCCAGCACGAAGAAUCCAGUCUGAAUACACGAGUGCUCUGAAACUGCUGCGAAAGAAAUCCAACCGAUGGAGACCUAAGGUGCUUCGGGUGUCCUCGCAGACAGGACAGGGCAUACAGGAACUGUGGGACGUCAUGCUGCAGUUCCGUGACGGGGCCCUGCUCAGCGGUGACUUGCAGGCUCGGAGGCAGGAGCAACAGAAGGUGUGGUUGUGGAACCUGAUCCAGGAACACGCUCUCAGCCACUUCCGUGAACACCCAGCUGUGAGGACCGGGUUGGCGGAGAUGGAGCGCGGUGUCGCCCAGGGUGACAUCUCUCCUGGCUUGGCAGCUGACCUCCUGCUCAGGGCAUACAGGUCUCCAUAGUAACGUGGCCCAGUCCCUCCUCCACAGAGGCUCUGGCAAGGAACUGCAGUGCCAUGGAAAUCAGGGUUUGCUGGUCUACCAGUGGAUAUAGGGACACAGUACUAGUAUUUCCUCCUCCAGUACUUCUGAUUCAACCCGAUGCAGAUUGUUGAGGGCUGGUGUUGAAUUAUUGGAGAAAUUACCUGAUAAAUCUCACAAUCCAAACCAGAAUUUAAGAUUCUCCUGGUUGCUUUAUUAAGGGAUGUCAUAUUUCACAGAAACCUGCCCCUCGCUGUGGAAUCCUGAAGGCCAGAAUGAGGUGUAAUGUAAAACUAGAAGACGAGGGUUAAUAUUCACCCGCAAUAUAGAAAAUUAACCUUAAGGGUGUGUGUCUGUGUAUAAUUACAUAUGCACACACUGUAAAUGAGGGUUAAUAUUUACCCACAGUUACUUGUAUUGACUGUAUGUAAUCUUCCUGCAUUUCUAAUUGUACCACAUGGCUUUGAUGUCAUGUUGUAUUUUUUAAUAGGUUAAUAAAAACUAAAUGGACGCUGCUCCCUGGAAACCAGUUUGUUUUGAGAAGAUUUUGACUAGACCCUCGUACAUACGCUACACAAAAGUGUCUUUCUCUCACCUUUCACAGGUGGGGUUGUUUUGGUCAGUGAAUAGUUAUCUCCGCAGGUGACUUACCUAAUGUGGCCAUGUUAAAGUGAACUAAACAUUCCUACAGACUCAUGUCUUCAUAUGUGGUGAACUGGUUUUUUGAUUUUAUACCAACUUGUCUGGUUCCUAUUAUUUGAUGUUCCUGUUAUUUGAGAUUAAAACUAUGCUUUACUAAAAGUGGUAAAAGUUGAUGCAGGUAAUUGAAUUAAAUUCCAGUGGUGUUGUCUAAUUUGCAUAACACUAAAUCUGCUUUACUGACUUGAUUCAUCCUUAUAUAUGUCAUAUUAAAGGUCACAACAUGCAU